AGUGUAUUUGUGUGGGUGCUGCGUGCAUGUGCGUGUGUGUGUGUGUGUGCAGAUCAGCAGCAGCGACCUCCUCCUGGAUCACAUCGUCUUUCUCUCCGCUGAAGAUCCGACGUCCAUUUCACACGGACACACAACGAACCAGCGACAUCUUGGCUCCGGGUUGUGACUCAAAGAUACAAAAACUCACACAAAUCCACUAAAAAACCCACAAAGAGGCUGAAACCUUCCGUCGUUGGUCCGGAACCCGAACAUCUCCGCAGCUCGUCCAGGCUCCGGAGCCGUGAUGGCUGAACAUCUGUCCCAGAGCGAGCUCGACUACCCCUUCAAACUUCUGGAGUAUUUCAACGGGUUCAGGGUCUCCAAGGUGAUCUUCUCAGCGUGUGAGCUCGGGGUGUUCGAUCUCCUGCUGACGUCCCCGGAGCCGCUCAGCGCGCCGCACGUGGCCCGCGAGCUGAGCACCAGCGUGGACGGGAUCGAGCGGCUGCUGGACGCCCUGGUGGGCAUCGAGAUCCUGGAGGUGGAGACCAAAGAUGGGACGGCUGUUUACAGCAGCACCGAUGUGGCGAGCCUCUACUUGGCCAGAGGCAGCGCCAAGUCUCUCCACGACAUGAUCGUCUACCAGUCCCAGACCAUCUACCCCCUGUGGAACAACAUGGUGGACGCCGUCAGGGAGGGGAAGAACCAGAAUGAAAAGACCUUCGGCCUCCCCUCAGCGGACAUCUUCAAAGCUAUCUACAGAUCGGAGGAGGAGAUGCUGAAGUUCAUGGGUCUGAUGAACUCCUCCUGGGUUCUGGACGGACACGACAUCGUGACAGCGUUCAACCUCUCCGGCUUUCAGACAAUCGUGGAUCUCGGAGGAUGCACUGGGGCUCUGGCUCGAGAGAUGGCGACGGCGUACCCGUCCUCCUCCGUCACCGUGUUCGACCUCCCGCAGGUCGUGGAGACGGCUCAGAGACAUUUCUCCCAGGAGGACGAUACCAUUGUGUUUCAGACCGGAGAUUUCUUCGAUGGAGAUGUUCCUGCUGCUGACUUGUACGUUCUGGCCAGAAUCAUUCACGACUGGCCGGAGGAGAAGUGUGUGACGCUGCUGAAGAAGAUCUACGACACCUGCAAACCAGGUGGGGGCGUCCUGCUGGUGGAGGCCAUGCUGUUUGAGAACCGCCGAGGCCCCAUCAUGGCUCAGAUCUUCUCCCUCAACAUGCUGGUGCAGGCGGAGGGCCGCGAGCGCCCCCCCUCCGAGUACACCCGCCUGCUGAAGACCAGCGGCUUCCUGAAUGUUCAGGUGUGUCGGACCGGGAAGUCCUACGACGCCAUCCUGGCCACCAGAUGAGCUCAGAUCAGCCGAGAGGAGCGCUGCUGGGAAGUCGGGGAAAGUAGAGAACACUUCAACUUAAACAUUUCAAGGCCUUGAAAAUGUAUAGAAUCAUUUCUCAGUGUGACGAGGAAAGUGCGUCUUGUGGAUGUGUCCGAUUGUUUCAACCCAAGAUUCUGCUGAGUUCAGGUUCCCUCGUAGAUCUUAGACGUAGCAGAACGGUACCAGACAAACCUCAGUUUACCUCCGUCAUGUCUCUGCUGGUGUUCUGACAAACUUCUGUUUAUGUUUUCACAGUGUGAAGAAUCUAUUUACUACUGUUUCAAACUGGUGCUCGGUGACGUCUGUUCUCAUUCUGCUGUUCUGUGGAUUUUAUUUUUAUCCCUGUGGACAAUCUUGAUGCUGAGUUACCUCGAGAUCUUGAUGACAUCACACAGACAUCUCACCAUCUAUCAUUCAUAUCAUCUCGUGGCUGCUCAGACGUUUGCAUAAUGAUGACUCGGUAGAAAAACUGUGUGUGAGAGAUCAGUGAGUUUUUACCUGAUUUGCAUGUUAUCGAUGAUACAAAUACUCAAACUGUAGAAACGUAUAAAAACCUCUUUCUGUAUAAAGCACAGACUGUAGAUGAAGAUGGACGCCGGGUCUCAGGUGGAGCGAUGACAUCAACCUCCUGAUAAACACAUGUGACCUAGUCUCAGCUGUCAAUCAUCACUUGUUUUAUUGCAUCAAUUAACUAAUUAAAACCAAACUUGAGCAAACCUCAGUGUGAUAAGAACCAACUUUAUCGACCUUAUGACCCAUAUUGCAACCACCUUUAUAUACAGUCUGUAAACACACGGUACCAUAAGCUUGUUUUCUGGCCUCUGGUCUUUACAGCAUGUUUCCCUCAUAUUAAAUCAUAGAGUCAUGAUGUUUACUGUUUGCAGAUUGUUCCAUUUUUUAUUAAAACGUUUGAACUAAAAGAUUUGCAUGUGUAAACGA